GAACUCAGGAACCGAAUGUCUCCGCCUAGCUUGGGAAUUUGUGGACAAUGCAGACAAAUAUUUCCACCUCACCUUGGCACAUCCCAUAUCAUUCAUGGCAACGGCACCGCCGUCGGCACAGUAAUAACGUUUCGAUGUUCUGCAGAACACCAGUUGCUUGGACAAGGAGUCAUCACGUGCAUUUGGAAGGGCUACGGUGCUCAGUGGACAGGAGACAUCCCUGCAUGUAAGCCCAUAUCCAAAUAUGAAACCUUUGGAUUUAAAGUGGCAGUGAUUGCCUCCAUUGUGAGCUGCGCCAUUAUUCUGCUGAUGUCUAUGGCUUUCUUGACCUGCUGUCUGAUCAAAUGUGUCAAGAAAAGUGAGAGAAGAAGAGCUCAAAGGGAUAUGCAGCUGUGGUACCAGCUGAGAACUGAAGAGCUAGAAAACAUGCAAGCAGCCUACUUUGGUUUUAAAGGGAGAAAUAACAACAAUAAUAAAACAUCCGAGAAUAAACUGGCACUUGGUGCCAGAAGCAAGAUGGCAUAUGACAACCAAGGCUUCUGCAGCUUUCAUGAAGAAUGGACUGGAGAUAUUACAGGAGCUGGCUGCUGUGCAGAACAUGAUUUACAAAGCAAAUUAGCACAAACCAGCAAUGCACAUAGUAAACAGUUAGUACCCGGGCACAGUGUUGCCUUGCAUACUAUCAGCACAAUACACGUUGUAGAGGUCUAUGGUCAUGAAAAGGAUACACUUGGGACAUUGGAUGCACAUUUACCUGGGUAAAGAACCUCAGAAAUGCCGUUAAGGAUUUGUGGGACUACGGCAAACCAUGAAGACAUAAACCUUGUGAAUGUGCCUUAAAGAUUGCAUAGAAAUAAAUGACUGGAUGAUUCCUAUGUAUCUGCAACAGUAAAUGUCAAGAGUAUAGCUACAAAAUUAACAGAUCUGAAAAUGUUAUUGGAAAAAUGAUUCAGUUUGUUUUCAAUCUAAUAAAGUAUACUGAUACUUUA